AUGCCAUUAUCACAGUUGGGAGAACAUGAUCCAGUCAUCAACUUUGAGAAAGGCAGCUCAAGCAAAGAGGCUCAUAUGCAGUCAAAGCAAAUUGUUUCAGUAGAAAAGACUAUGGUUGAUAAAAGUGAUAAUCAGCAAAUUAUCUGCUUUGGGAAACCUGAUCACUUUGACCUUGUUAUGGAAGAAACAGUUCCAGAGUUGCAAUUAGUUAGCCAACCAACAGAAAUCUUUCAAGUGGACUCUAAAGCAAUCUCAGCCAAACCCAGGGGAUGGAAAAGAACUAAGGUGAAGGAAGGUAGACUUACCAGACAGCAGACUCAGACUGAAGGAGCUAUUCAGCCAGAGCCUUUGAAAGGGGCAGACACUUAA